AUGGAAAUCUCAUCAACCAUCAUGGGAGAGGGGAACAAAAAAAUAGCCACAAUUGGCGUCUCUUCAUUACUUUUGGUGGCGAUGGUGGUGGCUGUGACUGUUGGGGUCAACCAACAUACCGCCGAUAGCGAAAAUAAUCAUCGCCAAGACGUGUCUACCUCGGUGAAAGCCAUUCAAAGUGUGUGUGAACCCACUGAUUACAAAGAAGCCUGUGUCAAUGGCCUUACAUCUUCGGCUGGUAACUCUAGCGACCCAAAAGAACUUAUAGGUGUGGCCUUCCAGGUGGCAAUCAAGCAGAUCGAGGAAGCUGCUAGGAACUCAACUCUCUUGCAAGAACUUCAAAACGAUCCAAGAACAAAGGAAGCACUUGAAAACUGCAAGGAUUUGGCCGACUCUGCAGUGAAUGACCUUAAGAGGUCAUUCCAUCAUAUCCGCGAGAUUGAUGGCAGCAAGUUGGACGAUUUGUUGGGCAAUCUAAAGACUUGGCUUAGCGGUGCCAUUACUUACCAGGAGACCUGCUUGGAUGGCUUUGAGAACACCACAGGUGAUGCUGGAGAGAAAAUGAGACACUACCUGGAGGCUUCAAUGCAUAUGAGUAGCAAUGGCCUUGCCAUGGUCACUUCCAUUUACAACACCCUUGCAUCCUUGAACAUCCAAGGAUUUAAUCGCCGCCUCCUCUCUCAAGAGGUCGAUGAUUUGGGGGGUCACGACGAGUUUCCCCACUGGGUCGAUUCAGCUAAGCGAAAAAUCCUCACAGAAAAGCCCAAGAAAAUCAAGCCAGACGUCGUUGUCGCCAAGGACGGGAGUGGCAAGUACAAGACUGUUAAUGAAGCUCUAAAAGAUAUCCCCAAAAAUAGUAACAAGACCUUUGUGCUCUACAUCAAGCAGGGUGUUUAUCACGAGAAAGUGCAGUUCAAUAGAAGCUGGACCAACUUGAUGGUCGUGGGAGACGGCCCCAAGAAAACAAGGAUCACUGGAAAGCUCAACUACAUAGAUGGAGUAUCCACCUUCCACACUGCAACUGUCGUUGCGCUGGGAGACAAUUUCAUUGCCAAGGACAUUGGAUUCGAAAACACUGCCGGUCCAGAAAAGCACCAAGCCGUGGCAUUGAGGGUUGGGGCCGAUAAGUCCAUCUUCUACAACUGCCAAAUGGAUGGAUACCAAGACACGCUCUACGCCCACACCUACCGCCAAUUCUACCGGGACUGCGUCAUAUCAGGCACCAUAGAUUUCAUCUUCGGCGACAGCGCUGCAGUCUUCCAGAACUGCACCAUGGUGCUGAGAAAGCCAAUGCAAAAUCAGGCCAACAUUGUCACAGCACAAGGCCGCAAGGAUAGGCGCCAGCCAACAGGGCUAAUUCUGCAGAACUGCAGCAUUGUUGCUGAUCCAGAGUUCUUCCCCUUCCGCAACCAGACCAAAAAUUAUCUCGGCAGGCCAUGGAAGGAGUACUCCAGAACCAUCAUCAUGGAGUCCUUCAUCGACGAUUUGAUCCAUCCAGACGGGUGGAUGAAAUGGAACGACACCUUUGCCCUCAACACCUGCUUCUACUCCGAGUUCAACAACAGAGGCCCUGCAUCUUCCAAGCUCAAGAGGGUUCAAUGGCGCGGUGUCAAGGAGCUCAAGGGUGAUGACAUUCAACGAUUCUUAGCCCCGCGAUUCAUAGACGGCGAUAGAUGGAUUCCCAAGACUGGGGUACCUUAUAACCAUGGCCUUGUUUUCAAAGCGCCGGCGGAGGAGGCUUCUGAUGCCUCCAAUGAUUCCGAUCAUAACAAGUCUGGAAAGGACAAGGACAAGGAACACAAGGAUUCGGAAUACGAAGAAAAAUCUGAUAAUUCUUCUAAGAAGAAGAAGAAGGAGAAGGAGAAGAAGAAGAAGGAAAAGGACUCCAAGUUGCAGGCACCGGCACCGGCACCGGGUUCUCCAGCCCCGGCACCGGCACUGGGUUCACCGGCACCGGCACCGGGUUCUCCGGCCCCUGGCCUGAGCUAUGCAUUUUGGAUGACAACACCAGCGCCGACACCAGGCCACAGUCAGACUCAAACCUCGCCAAGCAAGCCAAAAGGCGGAAGCUUCUUUGCCAUGUUCUUCUAG